AGAAAGAGAGUAGCGGCGGUCAAGGGGCCGUCUCUCCGCCGCUGCGUCGGCACUCGAGAUAUCUUGGCUGUCGCGAUCCCGCCGCGAAACCUGUAACACGUCGCACGCACCGCGGUCAACCGACAGACGCGAGUUUUGUUGCACUUGGGGGUAUCAACGAAUUGCAACGAACCAGCCGACUACCCGAUUCGUCUGGCCCAGCCACCGCUGCGUGUCUUAAUCUCAACCCCAUAAUAAUUCAUGAUAUACCCUCACUGUAUUUACGUGUAUACGUCGCGUUAAACCUGCGCAGAUAUCGCCUCGUGCGGAGAUAAACAUAUAAAAUAAAUCUUAAAUUUCCAAACUCAUUAAUUGAUAAUCGACUCUUUUCUUGUUCUACCACCGUAAUUGAAAACAAAAGAAAAAAACAACAACAAAAUAAAACAAUAAACAAACUAUAUUUAUAGAACUAAUGUUAUAGAUUAUCACAAUUCUAGUAUAACGGCACACAGCUAAUUAUCUAUCGUUAGUUAUGAAGCUUGUAAAAAUGGGAACAAACGUCUGUAAGAAACGAGUACUUAACCAAGCAUACUAAUAACGUCUACAAACUUACGUUAAUACGAUAUAUGUAUAUACAUACAAUAUAAUACCACACACAUUGAUGUGUGUACGAUCAUCGACGAUUGACAAUCAAAUUCUUUCCUCUUCAUAUAUACGAAAAACCAAAUGUAUACAAAUACAUAAAUUAAUGAUAAUUUUUUUCACAGACUUUUUUAACGUCAUAUUUCGGUAUAUUUUUGUUCGAACUUUAAAUUUGUCUACUUCCUCAUCGUCUUUGGGUAUAAUAAAUGGUGAUUAUGAACUACUGAAGGCCGUGCGAUAAACGUAUAUAAUCGUAACAGUUUUACCGAUUAAAGUACGCAACGGAAAGGGGAAAAAAUCACGAGUUGAUAAGGGAUAGCUUUAGAUCGUUUUAUUUAAUUUCGAUGCUCGGUUUCUAUGUUAUUCGAUAUGCACAAAACUUCUUCGGAGUAAAAAUUAUUUUCAUGUAAUAAGCCUUACAAUGUUGGUAAUAAGUAAAAUAAUGAAUAAUCAUUGAGAGGCAUUGAAGAAAAUUAAUUAAACUGUGUAUAUUAUACUUGGGAACGCGGUUCAAUAACUAAAAUGAUUAAUAAUAAUUAAUGGUAAUAUUGAUAGUAACGACGAAUGUAAGCAUUCCACUCGACAAUCACUUGAAGGGUCUUUACAUCUAAUAUAGGUAUAUCUAUAAUAAUAGCAGAGUAAUAAUAAUUAUAACUGCAAUAAUAAUAAGUCGAAUUUAUGCUGCGCGUGUCCAAAAAUAAAUUGAACUUAAAACGCGGAACAUUAAUCGAUGAAAGCCGAAAAAAUAUUUGUAACUUGUAAUCCAGGAGUGUAAUAAUAACGAUAAACAUACUAGAACACAUAUUUCAUAAAUUUUGACAACGAGCAUUCCGAAUAAGACUCGGCUCUUAUAUGGCUGGCAUAUUUGACGAGAUUGAACUGACCGAUCUGACGUUCGCGGAAUGCAGCAUUAAGAACGCGAACCACAGUUUUCAGGUGAUCACACCGUUCAGAUCCUUGGUUCUCUGUGGCGAGAGCAGACGAGAGAUGGAGGAGUGGUUGAGCGCUCUGCGAGCAGCCGGCGAGGGCAGAUCGCAGAGCGGUGAGCCGGGUCCUGCCGAAUUGCUGGGAGGGAAUCACCAUUGGUACGCAACCAGUCACGCAAGACCGACGUACUGCAACGUCUGCAGAGAUGCACUCUACGGCGUCACGUCACACGGUCUCAGCUGCGAAGUGUGUAAGUGCAAGGUGCACAAGAGAUGCGCCGCAAAAGCGAUCAACAACUGCAAAUGGACGACACUCGCUUCCAUCGGAAAAGAUAUUAUCGAGGAUGAGGAUGGGAAUAUCACAAUGCCUCAUCAGUGGAUGGAGGGAAACCUACCUGUUUCGUCGAAGUGUUUUGUGUGCGAUAAGACCUGUGGCUCAGUUCUCAGGCUUCAAGACUGGCGAUGUCUCUGGUGCAGAGCGACGGUCCACACUGCCUGUCGACCCGCCAUUUCUAUACGAUGUCCGCUGGGGCCUGCCAAAGUCAGUGUCGUGCCGCCGACGUCACUGCACAGCAUUGGAAGCGACGAAGCUUGGGAGGCGGUGAGACCAACGGGCUGCAGUCCGCUCCUCGUUUUUGUGAACAGUAAAUCCGGUGACAAUCAGGGAGUGAAGUUUCUCCGGAGGUUCAAGCAGCUGCUCAACCCGGCGCAAGUCUUUGAUCUCAUCAAUGGUGGACCUGGACUUGGGCUGAGGCUCUUUCGACACUUCGAUCCAUUCCGAAUCCUCGUCUGCAGCGGCGAUGGUUCGGUGGGUUGGGUUCUAUCCGAAAUUGAUCGCUUAGGGAUGCACCCGAAACAAUGUCAGGUUGGCGUUCUCCCUUUGGGCACCGGCAACGAUUUGGCGCGAGUGCUGGGCUGGGGGGCGUCAUGCGACGAUGAUACACACCUACCCCAGCUGCUGGAGAAGUACGAAAAAGCAAGUACCAAGAUGCUCGAUCGUUGGAGUAUAAUGACUUUUGAGCGAAGCAUCUCGUUGCCGGGGCCAAAGAUGUCGCCGAGUCCGACGGACCUGGCACUGAACACGACCAUCGCCCAGCAGUACGAAGACAGUGUCAUCACCCACAUAACGAACAUCCUUCAGUCUGAUCAGGACAACGUCGUUUUAUCAAGCGCAAAGGUUCUGUGCGAAACGGUGAAGGAUUUCGUGGUGCGAAUAUCGGAGGCCAGUCAGAACACAGGAGACCAGCAGCUGGGCGAGAAGUGCAACGUACUCCAGCAGAAACUCGAUCUCCUGCUGCAGACGUUAGACAAGGAGGAAAGUUACUUUUCUGAUAACAACGAAGAUGACGCUGCGUCCCAGGUGACUCUGACAUUGCAGAGCCCACUGCCUGUUGACGGCCAGGAGAAAGGAGCUUUGGAGAAGCCUGAAAAAGAUAUCACCAAUUUGAAAAGGAUCAGGAAGCGGAGACGGUUCAUCGAGCGAGAGACCGUCACGUCCAGAGCGAACAGCCUGAAGCGAGCUGUAAGACGGUUGGUCGAGCAUACGGAGCUUGUCGUAGACGAGCAGAACAGUUCGUCAUCGGACCAUCUGGCAAGCAAAACCCCUAACAUAACGAUAACGUACGAUGACACGUCAGCAGUAGAUGAAAAACGAGAGAAACGAGACCACCUCGAUAUUCCUGGACUUCGACCGAACAACGUCGAGCUUCUCAGUGUCAUGCCAACCAUCGACUCUGCCAGCAGCACUGAACCCUCUCCCUGCGCGAGCCCAACGCCCAAUCUCAUCUCGCUCAGCCCGAUGCCAGAUCUGAGACGGGACUCUCAGGCCGAGGAAAUGCUUACAUUGCCUGCGCCGGACGGCUUUGCUGACAGCAGGAGAAACAGCUCAAACUUACCUCAGGGCGUGUUCAGCUUCGAAGUGCCGAGUAUAGACGUAACAGCGAUGAAUCUGCAAACAAACGAUGCAGAGCGUGGAUCCAAUGGGGACGAAGUUGGACAGCCUGAGACCCCGUCCGACAUCCAAGUGACGGUCACAAGCACAACGCUCGAUACGAGUUCGCCAUCGGACGACACGACGAUACAGGACACGAUGAUAUCGCCGGACACAGACUCACCGAACUCGAGAAAUGCAUCGCCCGAUGAAGGUGUCAAUCUCAGGAAAUUCGAUCGCGAGGGGAAAGUCGACGGGUCGAGAAGUAGCUUCAGCUGCAGCAACAGCAUUGUCAGUUCAGACAGUAUGGUGCUGGAUAGCUCGACGACAAUGGACUCAAGGAACCUGACUGUUAAGAACAGCGAGAGCGAAAUCGGACACAUAGACAGCGACAUUCUCGACACAACGAAACAUUCGGACAGUCCGGAGAUGGGGCAUAUCGACUCGCCUGACAACUCCGACACCUGUCACAGCGACGGGCAGAACUCAGAGAGCAUCAUCGACGAUCUCAGCUCCCUCGGACAGGAUCUUAUCAGCGCGAUGAUUGGAGAGAAGUACGACUCGGUCAGAGACUGUCUCAAGUCCGAGCAGCCCGAGAAACCACAGAAGUUCUGUAGUCUCGCGCAGUUCGUCGAGGGCAAUGACAUUGCCAGGCGAUCCUUCAAGAAACCGACACGGAACGUGAGAAAAGUCGACAAAGAGGUAAUGUUCAAACUCCAGAUAGCGGCUUCUUCUACCGAUCUGACUGAGGAUGCGUACGCCACAGGGAACGAAAACAACCCGAUAGAACUGACAACAGGGUUGAAAAACCCUGAGGAGGACAGAAUCGCGGAUCUGCUGAGCCCUGUCUGCUGUUUCACCGUCGCCUCCGACGCGACACCGAUUAGCGAAAAAUCGCCGUCCUCGUUCCCGCCUGUUAUUAGUGUGAUUGUCGACCCGCCGAGUCCAUCAAUGUCGAUAGAUCAUCACCAGGAACUCAACGCCUCGUGCAAAAUCGACCCUCGAUAUCGACGCUAUAGUGGAGGCAGCAUGGAAAAACUGAGUGUCGAACUGCCAGGCCUUGGAUGCUCGCCGCAGGCGACGAGGCGCAUAAGCAGUGGGAGUCUCCUCAAGGCCUCAGAAGUCGUUUCACUGGCCGCAAACGCUGCCAGGUUCGGCGGUUCCAGUCUCAGUCUAAGACACGAGCGUGCCAAGUCCGUCGACAAAAGCAGCGAGGACUCCAAAAAACUACCGAUCAUAAAUCCCCUGGUUCAGCUACCGAUGUGGCCGAAUGUCAGCAGAGGUGCCGGACUGAUCAGCCAAGCGCUUCUCGCCAAUGCAGACGCACUUUGCGCCGCUGUUUCCCCUCUCAUGGAUCCGGACGAGACUUUGCUGGAAGGCUACUAUGAGCGCUGUGUGAUGAACAACUACUUCGGCAUUGGUAUAGACGCUAAAAUAAGUCUAGACUUUCACCACAAGCGUGAGGAACAUCCCGAGAAGUGUAGAUCUCGCGCAAAGAACUACAUGUGGUAUGGCGUUCUCGGAUCUAAACAGUGGCUGCAGAAGACUUACAAGAAUCUCGAGCAGCGUGUGCAGCUCGAAUGCGACGGGCAGAGAAUACCACUUCCCUCGCUGCAAGGCAUCGUAGUUCUAAACAUACCGAGUUUUAUGGGAGGGACGAAUUUCUGGGGUGGUACCAAGGAGGGUGAUCUUUUCCUGGCACCGUCCUUUGAUGACAGGAUACUCGAGGUCGUCGCUGUCUUCGGAUCCGUACAAAUGGCUGCCUCACGUCUGAUCAAUCUACAACAUCACAGGAUAGCGCAGUGUCAGACAGUUCAGAUAAACAUACUCGGCGAGGAAGGAGUGCCGAUUCAAGUCGACGGCGAGGCCUGGAUUCAGCCACCGGGAAUGAUCAGGAUAAUACACAAAAAUCGGAUGCAAAUGCUGUACAGAAACAGAGCACUAGAAACGUCUUUGCGAACCUGGGAGGAGAAGCAGCGAAGCUCAACCUCGACAUCGACAUCGCAGUCGACGUCGACUUUGUCGGGCGGUUCACAAACUCCGUCGUCGCAGGUGGACGCCAAGCCGUCGAACCUAAACGAGGAGGAAAUGGGCGUGCUGCUGUCGUUUAUUGAGACAGUGACGACCCUUGUCAAGUGGGUCAAGCUCCUCAUCAUCUCGCAUCCCAGUCUCGAGCCGGACUUGUAUCAAGUAGCGGCAAGGACGGCGCUCAGUUUGGAAAACGUUCAUCCUGGCGGAAAGAUUAUCCAAGGGCCAGACUUGAGGCCCGUCGUCACGGAGCUCGUUUCUAGCGCUCGACAGCUUUACGAAGACUCUUGUGAGCUGCUCAGGGACAAAGCGCAUAAUUUGAGACUGAGAGAAGACUUGGAGAGCAAAUUGUCUGCUUCAUUGGCUGGCAUGGAACAAGAACUGAGGAAAUGUGUCUUUGACGAAUCUGGCACAGGUCUCGUGUACCUUCAUCAUCUGCAGGCUGACGAACAGGGUGAUAAAAAGAAUCGUCACCGAGGAUUGUUCUGGUUAAAGUUUCGCCGGACAGGAUGGGGUUCGGGAAAUCAUCCCGGCGGGUCGGCGCCGGCUCGCGAUCAAGCGACAACUUGGAACGUGCCCGAGGUUUGCUCGUGGCUGGAGAGUCUUCAGCUUGGCGAAUAUGCUGAGAAUUUUAUGUCGCACGACAUCAGAGGUAAGGAAUUGCUCACCUUGGCCAGAAGGGAUCUCAAAGAGCUCGGCAUUACCAAAGUCGGACACGUCAAGCGAAUUCUACAGGCCAUCAACGACCUUAAUAAUUAGUAGAUUUCGGUAUUGUCGUCGUCGUCGUCAUACUCGAUUUGUCUCGUACUUGGCGAUCGAAUCAGGAACUAACGAAUAAACUGAGGAUCUCUUAGUUGGAGUGGAAACAUUUAUUACGAUCGUGACGAAAUUCGAAGUGUUAAAUCGAGAAAAAGAGGAACUUGCAAUCACGAAAACAAAAUACCAAAGAUAAGAUGAUGGAAAAGAUGAGACAAAGAAGUAGAAAAAGGAAACCGCUACUUUUCUUUCUAAUAAAUGGGAAAUAUUAUUAGUAUUUUCCGACGUGGGAACCAAAGAAACAAAAAAUGGAAAGGAGCCAAAAAAAAAAAAAAACCGACAGGUAUUUAUUUUAAGCACUAUAUAUUUAAGCUAAUAUAUAAUAAUGAUUAUGAUCAUAGUCAAAGAAGGAAAGGAUAAAGGGAAAUUCGUAUGCCUAUGAUCUUGAACUCUCUUCUUCGAUAAUGAUUUACAUAUUUUACCUCGCUUACCAUUCCUAUUAAGUUCAAUCAAUAACGACGACGACGACAAAAGUGAGUACGGCAUUUAAGCGUGAAAAUGAAGAGAAAAAAAGACAUUGUUGAUCGAACAAUUCACUUUUCCACACUUUGCCGUGUGACACUAUCUUUUUUAUUUUGCAACUACAAUGGAAAAAAUUUGCAAAAACCGUACAAAAGAUAUCAGAAAGUUCUUUAGAGCAAUUCCUGCUGGAAUCUGGCAGUGAAGAAGUCGAAGACAAACGCAUUGUUCCCUUCGAGUAAAAAUCGUAUUUGCGGAGAAGAAGAAGGAUUGAAGAAGAAGAAGAUGAUGAUAAAAAUACAAAAAAACUUCUAUCAUACAGAUUUAAAUGAAUAUAAUAUUAGACUAAGUGUGUGCAAUCUCAAUUUAUGAAGAUGAUAAAAUACGCGUCGAAACAGUAGUAACAAAAAUAAAAAAAUUAACAUUGAUCUCAUUCUCUAUUUAUAAUAUUAAAUAUAUAUACGUAUAAUAAUCAGACGAACGAAUCUCUUUCGAUAUCGAUAUCAUUCUUCCACCCGCGUUAUUGUUUUCUCUUUAUAUUUUGUUUCUCUAUUGAAUAUGAGAUAACGCGUACCAAUAUCACAAUAUUCGAAGCUCACAAAUGGUAUCGUAAGAACUGAGAGACGACGAAGUGUGAGACAGCGAUAAUGAGAAAGCAAAAAACUAAUCAUAAAGUAAAUUAAUAUUACGUAAUGUACGCUAAACCUUGAAUCUUCCCGACUUCUACAAUGUUAUAUAGAUAAAAUGUAAUAUUUACAAACCUAUACCUACAUUGUGAACUGUUUUUAAUUGCUACAGAGUGCAAGGAAUUUGUAGCGAUUAGCUACGAAUACCUGCGUCACACGCGUACCAGUCCCU